GGAUGUCAAACCAAUGCAGUAGGUCAGACAAAUCGUUAAGCUUAAACAAGCAGAAUGAACAAAACACCCGCACUGUCCAAGCCCAAGCCGAACGAAGUUCUGAGGAAUUCACUCUAAGACACCAAUGUGACAAACGAUAGGGCAGCUGCGGCAUCAAAUCAAGGAAUCCAGUGGAAUCCAGAUUCCUCCUUCGCAAACCGGUUCAACGGCCCGAGUAAACUCUUUCAAUUCAAGCACAAGUUUCAAGCUUAUGGCUCGUAAUUCAAACCACCACAAUCAAAGAGAGGUCUUUUGUUUCGAAAUUCAUUGGUUAGCAGUGUGCGGAGGAGAAGUCAAAGAUGCUUCGCUUGACCUUGGGAAAAAUUGAGGCAGGUGACAUUGGAAGUCUUGAUCUUCGUGGUUUCUUUCUGUGCUCGAUAUGUGGACAGCAAGGUCUAGGCCUUACCCAGAUUUUGUUGCACGAGGAGACUUGUCGAGAGCGACUGAACGUAGAAGGGCAAGUCUCCCAGUCCAGACAUGAGCCUCCUGUCCAGCAAGUUCUGACAGAGAAAUUUGCAGAUUUGAAGGCAGAGAUUUCGAAGGCUGAGGCACCUGGAAGUGACCCAAGUGAACUGUUGGCCCUCAGUUUGGACAGGCUGCGCGAUGUUGUGCGGAAUGCUUGCGUUUUGGAGGAAAAGAAGUAUCGAAGACUGCGAAUGUCAAACGCAGCCGUGGCAGAGGCCGUUGGCCGCUGGAAAGCGGCAGUGGAAAUGCUGCAGGACUACCAGUCACGUCUUCAAUGGUUGUUGUCAAUUCAUGUCUCAGUUGAGGCCGUGGGUUUCGAGAUGGUUUUGCACACGAGCAAGACAGGCAACGCUCCAGAACCGCACUUGAUACUUCAGUGCCAAUUGGAAGAAACAACCCUCCAGGCAUUCCUCGAUGUUUUGGAGGGGAAGCAGACGGACACGGACGCGGCCAUGCUAGAAGAGUGUGGUUAUUGCCACAGAAAGUUUCGAUUUGACAGGAUUGCCAAACAUGAAACUAGAUGUCCAGAAUCAAAGCCUAAGCCAGCGAAGCUCGACAUAGCGCAGAAAUUGCUUGUUGGCACACCGGGGGAGAAGCACAUCCCCGAUGUGAGAAGGGAACUCUUAAAUGGGACCAAGCUUCCUCCAUUGAGAGUACGAAAGUGGGAUGAUAGUCCAGAUGGGCUUCGUGAGUGCUUCCGCUGCAAACGACGCUUUUCAGCCGAAGCCUUGGAGAAGCAUGCAAAGCGGUGCACAGCUUCUUUGCGACCAAGCCCAAGAGAACCUGUUACGCCUCCAAUCGUGGGGCAGACUGUAAGUUCUUCAGCUCAACCCACAAAUGAAAGACAGAAACAUUCAAGCAGAGAAUUGAGUAGCGGUCGAAGAAAGAUUCAGGAGAAAGCGCGAGACUCUGCAGAGAGGGUAUCGUCGGCUACAGGGUGCAGAGAUCAGAAUGUGGAGCGUUCGGGCGGCAGGAUUCAGAGUAAGCUCGCAAAAGAGCGCUUGACAGGCGACCUUCGUCAGCCUGGAUCCUAUCCUUCAGCACCUUCGCAUGGACAACCGUGCUACGAUCAGCUUGAGCUUGAUGUAGCUGAUUGGCUGGAUGGAUAGUACAAAGCAUACGUUGCCUUGGCGGGGCUGACGAGUUGAGGAUAGGCGCGAAGGAGACCAAUGCCAUCCAUGUUUGGAUACAGCAGUUUCUUGGAAUUUGGCUUCGAGAUUCUCUACAAGUUCUGAUCCAACUACCUGGUGCCUCGUGCGCGCAAGCUUGCAGGAACAGUUGGCAGUUAACAAUGCGGAGUUGAAACAAGCGAGGGCAUGAGAUGGCGGUGUUGCUUGCUGGCAGCGCUGAGCCGG